UUAUUUAUUCUCCUGUUCUCUCGCUAUUAGCCACUCAACUUCCAUCACUCUCUCUCUCUCUCAUCGCCAUGGCCUCCUCCGCUUUCUCCGCGGCCAAAUCCUUGUUCCAGUCUUUCAAGAGGUUCUUCAAGAAGCCGUGGGAGAUCACCGGUCCCUGCUCCGACCCGGAGUACCGGAGCGCCCUCCCGAGCGCCCUCGAGUACCGCCGCUUCUCCCCAGCCACUCCCCCCGCCGAGGCCUCCGUCCCCACGGCGGACCCCGCCCACGUCUUCGACAUCCAGUACUACUCCCGCGACCGACGCCGAGACCGGCCCCCGCCCCGCCGCACCGUCCUCCGGAAGCCCGACGUCGAGAAGAUGAUGGCCGAGAAGACCUUCACCCCCGCCGACUUUCCCAGGGUCUACCUCACCGACCGGGUGGUCGAAGACGACAACGCCAGGGGCGGCGGGUACCAGAAAUAGGCCAAGGGAAACGAUUUCUCUAUCAAAGGCCGGAUUUUUAUGUCUUUUAGCUCAUAAAGUUUGAAUCUUUUUAGCUGAUAAUAUAUAUGAAAUUGGCUUAUUACUGCAAAGAAUUCUCUUGUAGAAGGCUUCUGAUGUGAACUUUUUUAUGCACUUGUUCUGCUUGUAGAAUAUGGUUGGUUUCUGUCGUUGUUCUUGUAGGUAUUGGAGGGAAGUCUCUGACUCUGUAUCCAAUGGCCAAAUCCUUAUUAAAGACAAAGCAAGGUUAUGGUUGAUGUGUGUAAUGCAUUAGUAUAGAGGGGCUAGCAAAGGCCAGAUUUGUAAGUAUGGUUAUUCUCUUUUAAAGGGCUCCUGAUUGUUAAAUUA